CCGAGUCAACCUCCCCAUUGUCCCAUCCAAAUCAAUCCAUGUGUCUUCUUCACAUGUACCUCAUCUCCUAUACAUUUUUCCAAUUCCAUUAUAUAUACUUAAAUCCUUCAAAUUCAACUAAUUAACAAACUAAUCACAUUACUAAUCAGCAGAAAGAAGAGCCCUAAAACAUGACAAGCUUCACGGUCGUCGCAAGACUCAUCACAAGAGCUCCUAGAGUUCGUGCUUCCGUCCCAACAAGACUCGUCCAUGGGACUACGUCUACGAGGAAAGAAGCCUCCGUCUGUGACAAAGCCUCAGAGGCUCAACAAAAGGUGGCCAAGAAGGCAGACGAAGGGGCACAGACGAUCUCGGAUGCGGCGGGUAACUUGAAGGAUAAGGCAAAGAACACUGCAGAGGAGGCAUGGGAUAAGGUGAAGGACACUACGGAGAAGAUCAAAGACACGGUCACCGGAAAAACUGAGGAAACCAAGGAGUCUAUUAAAGCCACAGCCAAGACCGUCGAGAGAAGCAUGAACACCAAGAACCUCAAAUAAUAACACACUAAAUUUUUGAAAUCUUCAAUAUAUUAAAUAAGAUGUUAUUUACCUAAUGAUUUUGUUUUAAUCUGUUUACACUUUUGGUUUGUAUUGAGAAACGUAUGCAUUAUUAGGUAAGAAUAAAUCUGGUUAUGAUCAUAUAGAAAACUCAUGUUUGUUUUAUAAGAUUAUUUUGAUAUA